CCAAACUUCUUGGCUAUGAGAAGCACUGACAGGUCUGACUCUCUCUAAUGCUGUGACCAUUUAAUCCUAUAUACCAUCGCAUCCCGUCAUGAAUGCAGCAAACGAUCCACAAUAACAACAUUUUCUUCACUUUUUAUAUUUAAUAUCAGCAAUACUUUUGUCAAAUACCUGUUAUUUGGUGUGAAAAGUGUAUAGCGAUCGUUGUGUUCAUCAUAUUUGUGGCAAUUAUGAUGAAUGCGGCCUAUUUUGACCACAACUCAUCGGCGACCAGUGGUUUCUAUAACCAGGUUCAGGAACAGGCACACUCGGCCUACCGCUCCUUUGCAUCGCAAUCGGCGCUAUCACUGAUGCCCAGCACUGCAUACCCCGCGAACCUGAGGUCCAGUCAAACGGGCAUUCAGUCGGACGGCAUUAACUACGAGAGCAGUAAACUAUACGACAAUUCCAGCGCUCAGCCAUUUAAGAGCGAAGGGCUCAGAGAGUGUGGUCUAACUAAAGAGCAAAAUGGGUUUAAAACUCCAGGCGAUCACCAGAUGAACGCCGGUUGGCCUAACUCUUUACGGCCAUCGCCUUCAUCCACAACAAUGUCGGCUGAAAUGCGAAACUAUGACGCGGCAGCGGUGGCCGCCUGUUCCCGGUCUAUAGCCGACUGGACCACCGGUUGUUGUAAUACGGCUACGAUGUCGGGCGCAGCAGUCGGGGGUCCGCCCAAUGCUUUCUACCCCUGGAUGGCUAUUGCAGGCCUCGCCGGUGCUAAUGGUCUUCGGAGGAGAGGUCGCCAGACGUACACUCGAUACCAGACACUAGAGCUCGAGAAGGAGUUCCACACAAACCACUACUUGACACGAAGACGACGUAUAGAAAUGGCCCACUCGUUAUGUUUGACGGAACGACAGAUCAAGAUAUGGUUCCAAAACCGAAGAAUGAAACUGAAGAAAGAGAUCCAAGCGAUCAAAGAGCUGAACGAACAGGAGAGACAGGCGCAGGCCAGCAAAAUGCAAUCCACCUCAUCCUCAGCCAGUGCUGACAAUUCUAGUAAAACAUAAGUGUUUUUCAUUCAAAAUCAUCGCUUAAAUUGAAGAAAAGGUCAGAAAAAUUAGUUUUCAUUUUUUGUUUUGUUGUGUUCCUCACAUAUAAAGCAUCGGAUUCUUCAGAUUUGUUUGUUUUGGAACUUAUUUUUUGAGUUAAAUUUUAAGAUAUAAAUCAGCAUUAAUUACAUUUAUAUAUAAAUAUUAUAAAUACAGUACAAGACUUGUCAUGAAUUAUAUGAACGAUAACCUAAAGAUGAUUUGUAGUUAGCAUUUGAAUGGUUCGCAAGUAUACGAAAAAUGCUUUGACGUGCAAUUGAUGAG